AUGGAGUUGACAUUUGAGCCAUUGAAGAACGACCUGCUUCUGCGGGCGGCAAGAGGCGAGACGGUCGAGCGCCCGCCAUGCUGGAUCAUGCGUCAAGCCGGCCGCUACCUCCCCGAAUACCACGAGGCCAAGGGCAACCGCGACUUCUUCGCCUGCUGCCGUGACCCCGAGGUCGCCAGCACCCUCACCCUGCAGCCCAUCGAGCGCUUCGCCGGCCUCCUUGAUGCCGCCAUCAUCUUCUCCGAUAUCCUGGUCGUGCCCCAGGCUCUCGGCAUGACGGUCGAGAUGGUCGACAAGAAGGGCCCUCACUUCCCCGACCCGCUCAGCGCCCCCGACGACGGUCAGUACGAAAAGGUUCUGGGCAAGUCCGUCGACGUCGCCGCCGAGCUCGACUAUGUCUACAAGGCCAUCACCCUCACCCGCAAGAAGCUCGCUGGCCGCGUGCCCCUUAUCGGCUUCUGCGGCGCUCCCUGGACCCUCUUCUGCUACAUGGUCGAGGGCGGCGGCACCAAGCUCUUCAUGCAGAGCAAGAGGUGGAUCUACCGUCACCCCGAGGAGUCCAAGAAGCUCCUGCAAAAAAUCGCAGAGGUCUGCGUCGAGUACCUCGCCCUGCAGGUCAAGGCCGGCGCCCAGCUCGUCAUGGUUUUCGACUCGUGGGCCGGCGAGCUCGGCCCCGAGGCCUUCAAGGAGUUCAGCGAGCCGUACCUGGCGUACAUUUCCGCCAACCUGCCCAAGAAGCUCGCCGAGAUGAACCUCGAGCGCGUGCCCAUGACGGUGUUCCCCAAGGGCGCCUGGCACGCCCUGGACUCCGUCAUUGACAUUGGCUACGACGUUGUCGGCCUCGACUGGCUCCAGGACCCCGCCGACGCUGUCAAGAUCCGCGGCGACAGGCGCAUCACCUUCCAGGGCAAUGCCGACCCGGGUGUCUUGUACGGCACUCACGAGGCCAUGACGAAGGCUGUUGAGGUGAUGGUCAAGGGUUUCGGCGGUGGCAAGAAGGGCUGGAUUGCCAACCUUGGUCACGGCAUAACUCCCGGUGUCAACCCCGAGGACCUCAGGUUUUACUUGUCGGAGAUUCACCGCUUGGCAGGCAACUAG